CGACUUGGGCUCCAGCCUGGGUGGAAGGGGCGGAGCAGGCGGAGGCUCUGUUUCGCUCCCAUGUUGAUGUUUGUUGUUUGCGAGGGUGGUAUCGCUGUGCGUGGACGGGGACACGAUGUGAGCGGAGGGCUGCCGAGUGGCCUGGCAGCGCGUUUACCGGGAAAAGCGGCAACUUUUCUUCCAAAUACGAGGCUGGAUGGUGAAGAUAUCCGCGGAUGGGUGCUGUAGAGACACUUGGCCAUAUGGCUGCUAGGGGCUUCUCGGCUGGUGCUGAGCGCAGGGACUCGUAGGAUGCCGGAGCUCGUCUGAGAGCACCCCGCCGUGUGAGCCGCGUCUGGAUUUCCCUUCGUUUUCAAACGAACUUCUUUUUCCUCUCUUGAAGACGAGCCCCUUUAAAACUCAUUUGUUUAAACUUCUUUUAAAAAUGGUGUUAUUCGCUUUGUCCUCGGCUCGUAACAAACCUGGGUAACGAAGGGAGUAGCUACGCGACAGCACGCCAGCACGACGACUUUCCCUCGAGGCUCCCCUGCCCCGGGAUCUGUUCCUCUCCGGGGAUUUUAAUCAGCCGUUGAUGCAUCUCGGGGUGUCAGAGUCCAUGAGAGAGUGCGAGUACAGCCAGAUCAGCACUCGCAGCUCGACGCCCAUGGAGACCCCUUACAAGAAAAGGACCCCCAAGAAAAGGAAGUGGGAGACCUUCCCGGGUCGGAAUAAGUUUUACUGUGAUGGGAGGAUUAUGAUGGCCAAGCAGACAGGGGUUUUCUACCUCACCCUUGUCCUUAUUCUAGUGACUUGUGGACUUUUCUUCACCUUUGAUUGUCCAUACCUGGCGCUGCAUUUGACCCCAGUCAUCCCAGUCAUAGGAGGUGUGCUGUUUCUGUUUGUGCUGGGGACACUCCUGAGAACGAGCUUCAGUGACCCUGGAGUGCUGCCCAGGGCCACCCCAGACGAGGCAGCUGACCUGGAGAGGCAGAUAGAUGUGGCUAAUGGCAGCACUGGCUACAGGCCUCCUCCCAGGACCAAGGAGGUGGUCAUCAACGGUCAGACAGUUAAACUGAAGUAUUGCUUCACCUGCAAAAUCUUCAGACCACCACGUGCCUCCCAUUGCAGCCUCUGUGACAACUGUGUGGAGCGCUUCGAUCACCACUGUCCCUGGGUGGGGAACUGCGUGGGGAGGAGGAACUACCGUUUCUUCUACAUGUUCAUCCUCUCGCUCUCCUUCCUCACCAUCUUCAUCUUCGCCUUUGUCAUCACACACAUCAUUUUACGUUCCCAUCGAAACGGGUUCCUCACCGCGCUUAAAGAUAGUCCUGCCAGUGUGCUGGAAGUGGUGGUGUGUUUCUUCUCUGUCUGGUCCAUAGUGGGCCUCUCAGGCUUCCAUACCUACCUGAUCAGCUCCAACCAGACCACCAAUGAAGACAUAAAAGGUUCAUGGUCUUCUAAAAGAGGGAAGGACAACUAUAACCCCUACAGCUAUGGCAACAUAUUCACCAACUGCUGUGCAGCGCUGUGUGGACCCCUACCACCAAGUCUCAUUGACAGACGGGGCUUCAUUGAAUCAGACGCACCACAGUUGGCACCACCGGCCAAUGGCAUCACAAUGUAUGGCGCCACCCAGUCUCAGCAGAGCCACAUGUGUGACCAAGACCAGUGCAUUCAGAGCACCAAAUUCGUUUUGCAGGCCGCCGCCACCCCCCUCCUCCAGCAGCAGAGCAGCGAGCCAGUCAUCCUAACAGCCUCCCCCGAGAAUGGAGGAACACUACCUGGCCGCGCCUCCCUCACCCUGGCGGGGCCGUGUACCUCGCUGCCCCUCGGCCAGCCCACACCUCCGACGUCCACCUCCAGCUUAAGCUGCCACGAGGCCACCGACAAGCUGCCAAUCCACGGACACGCCCUCACACACAACCACAGCAACCCCCUCCAGGAACCGGUGUUCCACCACCACUUUCUUACUCCAGAGGAAGUGCCCUCGCCGCCAGGCAUGCUUCAUUGCAGCAGCCCCAUGGGCCACAGCCACACUGUGCAGGCCGGCUUCUACGACCCGGCCAGCCAGGACUCGCUGCACGAGGACUCUGUCAGAGGGUUGGUUAAGCUCAGCUCCGUCUGACAGUGGAGCUCACCUCCCACUCCGACCCCUGCUGAAAACCUGUAUCCACCCCUGAAACACUCUCCUGUACCACUUUGGGAUCAGGUUUAAACGCAGCUGCUAGAAACUGUGGAAUUGAAUCCGUUGUCUUCAGACAUUUUCUUAAGACCCUCUGCUGGAACUGGAAGAUCGUUCCUGUGAGGACGUGCACUGUUUUUUUGUUGUUGCUGUUUUGUUUGAAACUUUGGGGAAGUAUAAUCUGUCAGCUCUUGGAAAUUAAAAAAAAAAAAAAGUUCAGUUUAGUUCACAACAGUUUUGGUCCGAAGGCUUUCAGUGCGUCACAGACGUUCUCCUGUUUGCCUGUUGCUGAUUGGACCGUCUCUUUGCCUUUUUUCUCAGCAGUGCAAUGGUUCAUGUCUUCAUGUUGCAUAUCAUCAAGCUUUUUCUAUGUAAGAGACUGUUGUACUGUACUAUGGUUAUUACAACUUACAAAUUAUAUUUCCUGUGGAUAUUAAUAAAACACCAUCUUUUUAUCAGAUUUGACUGCAUUGAUAUGGAAGCUGUGAUGUGAGAGUCAUGUGGCGAUAGCAGACGCCUGUAGUCAUUCAGCCUUUAAUGAGAUGCAUUAAAAAUAAGCCUGUGUGACGGUUGCUGUUGAACAUUUAUGGCUGUUCUUCAGGCGGUCUUCAAUUCAUCUGGACAUGCUGGGAAAGGCUUCGAGCACACGAGCUCUUGGUUCCAGUAAGUUCUGCUGAAAGUAAUGUGUAGGUGCCUUAGAGGCAAAUAAAAAGCCAUUUGGUUGGUCGAAGGGCUGAUAAAAGGUGGUCGCACUUUAAUUCUCUUCUGCCACCUUGUGGUUGAGCAGAAACACUGCAGUUAAGAUUGAAUUUUGUAUAUAUUUUUUUAAACAAACAUAAAAAUUGUAAGACACGAGUUUCCCAGCCAGACAUUAGCGUAUCAUAUUGUUACUUACUAACAUUGUUGGGAUAUUACAUGAGCUCUGAGCUGAAUAUGAAGGUUCAAAGAUGAAGAGCUGAAAGGCAAACAGUUCUUUGUUUUUGGAACAAAAAUCACAAUUUAUUGUUUCAACACCCCAAACUUUGAUGAUCAGUGAAGCAGCCGAGCUCCGCAGCUCCUCUCGGCUCAUCAGAGCUUAAUGAUUGAAGCUUCUCUGCAGCUGCUGGAGAGCCAACCAGAUCGCAGGAGGCUGCUGCGCUCGUUUACCGGCAUGUUUAGGUCACAAGUCGAUAAACUUUACCAAAAAAUAAAAAUGUUUGAGCAAUUUUUGACCCAAGAAAAUUUGUAGCUGCAAACACACACACAUGGCCACUCUGCAGCGAGCUGUUCAUGAUUACAUGGUGCUUUAAUCUUGCAUUUUCAUUGCUGUAAAUGUCACUAAAAGCAGAAUGUAAUGAUCUGCAGAUCUCCAACAGAACAUGUCACGUUUGCACCAUUUUAAGGAAAAUAAGGGAUUAUUUAGAAUUUGAUGGCAGCACCGGGUGUUUCCAUCCCCUCUGAGGGACAGGAAUGCUGUCCCGCUCCGUCUGACAGAGGAUUCCAGCUGCUCAGCAGUUCUGAGGCUUUGUCCUGUUCUUGGGUUCCUGAUGCUCCAAAUGUUCUAAGCUGGGCAAAGGUCAGGACUGCAGGCAGGCCAUUUCAGCACCCAGACUCUUCUGCUAUGAAGCCGUGCUGCUGGAAUAGCUGCAGAUGCGGUUUAGCAUUGUCCUGCUGAAACAUGAAGAUAUCUGGAUAGGAGCAAAUAUUGCAAAUGUUCAGUCUUCACAAUGUGAUGUCAGCUAACAUUAUCUUUGUUCCACAAUUUCUAGAUGCAGAUUUGUUAAGGUUCUGCCCAUCUUUACCUCUGAGACACUGCCUCUAAGAUCCGUUUUAUACCCAGUCAUGUUACUGACCUGCUGCCAGGGAACUUGAUUAGCUGCAAAAUGCUCCUCCAGCUGUUUCUUUAGUACUGAUGACUUUUCCAGCCUUUAGUCGCUCCAUCCCAGUUUUUUUUACGUGUUGUUGCCAUCAAACAUGAGCUGGUAUUUUUCUUAAAA